AUGUCGAAGGAAUCGUCUAUGACUGGGUAUGCCAAUACUUCCACCAAUACAGUGGUUGAGUCGGAUUGUGGGUCAGUGGGUACAACCGACCAUAAAGGUGAUGCUUCCAACUGUCAUUUUGUUGAGCACACUUAUGUGAAGAAAUCAACGAAAUUUGCUGAUCGCGAUAUUGAUACUCCUGCUUUGGAUGCGGUUGAGUCCGCGGGUGAGUUAGUCCAGCCUCCUACUCCCCAUGAUGGAAUAUUGCAUGCGAAUACGCUGAUUCACAUAAUGUGGAUGCAACUACUGGUUGUGAAGUUACCCGAGAAUGUUCUUUUGGCACCGUUGUCGAUGAUGGAAGAGCUGGUGCAGCUCGAGAAAUUCACUUAUGAUGACUUCCUUCACGACCUCAAGUGUGAAGUCGUUGCGGAAGUCGUGUUAGUAUAG